AUAUGUGUCAUAGUUCUAUCAAGAUAAUGUUUGAUUUAAUUUAAGUUAAAAAUUCUAAUCAAACAAUAGACCGACAGAAAGUAAAAGAAAAAAGGUGCGUGAUACAUGGCGUAAGUGAAGAAGUUCAAGCAGUUGACCAAGGACCAGAAAAUGAUAGACUAGACAUUGGAAAACCCCAAAACGGAAAACUUUGUCAGAACAUCGACAAAAGUGACAAAAAUCCUUUUGAAUAUUCAUCUGUCGACAAGAAUAAAGUGGUGCAUUAUAAAGUACCCUUAAAAAGAUUGCCAAGAAUGCACAAUCUACAGGGGUUUGUUGGAACUCUAAAGAAUUAUUGUGAAGGCAUUGAAAAUAAAUUAGGACUUCCUAAUAUGGAAGAUACAGGUAUGGAACAUCGGGAAGAUAUUGAUAUUUUUAUCCAGGACUAUACUUUUGACAUGAGUCUACUAAUUGAAGAUCAUGAGGAUCUUGAUUAUACAAAUACAGAAAUAUACCAGAUUGCAAGUAGAAAACAUGAUGUUGCUGGAAGCAAAGCUGUUGGUCUUUUUGUGAAUUCCGAAGGUAUUAAAUUUAUUGAAUCGGUGACUGACAAUAAAAUUUUUGUAUACUCUGACUCUCAUAUCAGAAAAGAGGAAGAGGACGCAAAUGCGAUAAGUAGUUUGAUGGAAGUCAUCAUAAUGAGGCCAUUGAUCGGCAAAGUUGCACUAUUUCAUAGACUGCGAAGCAUCGCUCAUUCUGAAGAAAGUAGUGAAGUCUUCUCUGCAGCUUCUCUUAUCAAGGAAUUUUCGGAUCUCUAUCCUAAUCCAUCUUCUUCAGAGACAACCGGUUCAGGUAAUGCUUCUUAA